UGGGGCCAUAUUCAUUGGACCAACUACACUUCUAAAGUUUUGUUCACUCAUAAGAGCUGUUUUGUCGUCCAGAUGACAUAAUGUCGUUCCAACACAUUUAUCAGACUUUGCUGUGUUAAAACCUUUAUUACAAGCAUACUUCUUGAAGUAAAUGUUUAUGUUAUGAAACCAAUGUUCAGGUUACAGUAUGUAGAGCAAUUUACUGGAUUACCCCUCCUAUGUUAUAUACUGUAUUGAAGCCCUUUAACUUCUUUAGUUUUUUUAGAGAUGAAGUCACGUUACAGAUACAGUAUGUCUCUCAUUUUAACGUCUCUUGGAAUUUUUCUGAAAUAGUUUUUAAGGUACAUUAGUGACACUUUAUGUCAUAUUAAUUCUGCUGAUGUCAUUCACUUUUUCCUUGAAAAUGAGCUUUUCUUUUAAAGCACCAUCAAAUUUUGUCUAAACAUCCACAAUUGUACAUCAAUAAGCCACACUUAAAGUGAGAAGUGCAAAACUGUUUCUUUUAUUUUAGGAUUUUUAAAUUGAACAAGAAUCAAUACCAAGUCUUUGUUGAUUUUUUAGCCUUCUUAUUAACACAGUCAGCUUGCUGUGUUGAAAUGAGGAUCACUGUAUUUUUGUUGUGUUAUUUUUCUCUGGCAUGGAGUCCUGGGCGUUUUGAUGAGAUUUUCAAUACAUUGGCAGCAAACACAAUUCAUAUUCCCACUGUUUAAUAUGCUGUAUACAUGUAAGUACCUGCAAUCCUGCCUUAGUCUCAUAUGACACCUAGUCUUUGUGUGUUUUAGGAUGCCAACUUUUUGUCCUUUUCAGAAGAGAAUGGAGUACAUUCUGAAAGGAUGUCUUGUUUACUGCUUUAAUUGUCUUAAUUUAAGUGCUUAGGUUUUUUCCUGCUUUUUACGAUAUUUGUAAAUGAAACUCCAGUGUUGGAUAGUGUGUUUCCUUUCCUGUGUUGUUUUCUAAAUAGGAAGGAUUGGAUUAAUUAAAAUGUUAGUUUCUGUUUAGCUUGGAUUGUGUAGGGUGUAUCAUGUGGUUGCUCCCUUUGAGAAAAUGUAAAAUACCCUAAAUGGUUUUUCUUCCUUUCAUUCUCUUGCAAUGAAAAGGAAUGUCCAAUUCAAAGAGACAUUAUCCAAUGACUGCUACAAGGCACUGAUUUCCGUAGUGGACAAAGCACAUUAAGAUUGAAUUAAUAAAAAAAGGGAGACUUCUUAUCUUGUUUAUCCUCACUGCUUUAAAUAGUAUCUGUCAUCUUAAAAAGAUGUAAAAAGAUACAUUUUGAAAUACAAAAAUCUCUCCAGGGAAUGACAAUGCUGUGGACAGCGUGCUCAUCAGUAACAGAGCCUGCUCUGUACACUGUUGUGGUUUUAAUUAUCUGUUGCCGAGAAAAAUGCUCUUAUCUUAAAAAUUGAAUACAGUUUUAAAGUGUUGUUUUAAAUAAGGAUGUUUUAACUAAUCAGGAUACAGUGAACUUUAAAUUGCCAUAUACCUACAAAAGGUACUGGGUUAUAUCUGAGUGCACUGCCUUGGUUCAAGUCCACAGUGUAGUGAUUGUCCUCCUGGUGCUCAGAACAAACAAUGUUUUAUGCUGGGUGAGUGGAACUAAAGAUGAAAAGUUAGUUAGCCUUAAGCUAGUGUCAGUUUGGAAAAUGGUAACCUACAGCUUAAAAGAGCCCUUUGUUGAUCUGAGAUGGUGACGUCAAAGCAGUUCUAUAAAGGCACAAAUUCAUAUUUUAGAUAAGACAACACAACAUCUAAAAGGAUCCUUGUGUGUUCUGAUUUCAUUACAUGCAUAACUAAUUAGGUUUUGGCUUAAUAAGCUGAACUUGCUAGGUUCCUCUUCUUGAUUAGAAUGUAUACAUGUCAGGUCCACACAUACUCGUAGAACCUAACGGCCUGAUAAAGGGAAUCUUAGUGAACAGCUACGCCUAUCAAAUACGGAAUAUAAAUAUUGUAAUAUGUUGGAGAUGCUUGAAUAUAACCAUUACCAGGUGCAAACACACCUUGAAAACCCCACUAAGUACCACAUUCAGCAAGCCCAGAGGCAACAGGUCAAGCAGUACCUUUCUACCACAUUGGGAAACAAGCUCACCAGCCAGGCCAUCAGCUUGCCUUGUCCUAGUCAGCCUGCAGAGCACGUAAUGCCUCCUGGACCGGGCAACAGUGCCCCCAACAGUCCUAUGGCCAUGCUCACCUUGAACUCCAACUGUGAAAAAGAGAUGGAUGAUGUAAUUGAUGACAUAAUUAGUUUGGAAUCAAGCUAUAAUGAUGAUAUUCUUGGACUUAUGGACCCAGGGCUACAAAUGGCCAACACGCUCCCUGUCUCUGCUAAUCUUAUAGACAUGUACAGCAAUCAAGGGAUGCCACCAACAGGCCUAACUAUCAGCAACUCCUGCCCUGCUAACCUGCCCAAUAUCAAAAGGGAAUUCACAGUUACCCCAGCUCCUGCCAUGAUGCAUAUUCUGGACAAGUCUGGAUCGUGUGCCAAGUUUGAAAACUAUCAAAGGCCUGAAGGGUUUCCAGUAGAGGCUGAAGCCAGAGCCCUUGCAAAGGAAAGACAGAAAAAGGACAAUCACAAUUUAAUUGAAAGAAGACGGAGGUUUAACAUUAACGAUCGAAUUAAAGAAUUGGGGACUCUGAUUCCAAAAUCCAAUGAUCCGGACAUGCGUUGGAACAAAGGCACCAUUUUGAAAGCUUCUGUGGACUACAUUAGAAAACUCCAGAGAGAACAGCAGAGAGCCAAGGAACUGGAGAACAGACAGAAGAAACUGGAGCAUGCUAACAGGCACCUGAUGCUUAGAAUACAGGAGCUGGAAAUGCAAGCCCGUGCGCAUGGACUGUCAGUGGUAGCUUCGUCUGCACUGUGCUCGUCUGAACUGGCAGCGAGGGCCAUCAAGCAGGAGCCUGUGUUGGGAGACUGCAACCAGGACAUGUACCAGCACCACUCCGUCCCUGAGAUGUCCCGAACGACAACCCUCGACCUCACAGACGGCACAAUCACCUUCAGCGAUGGCCUGGCGAACGUCGCCGAGUCCACAGCCUACAGUGUGCCAACGAAAGUUGGUUCCAAACUGGAAGACAUCUUGAUGGACGACACUCUUUCCCCUGUGGGAGUGACUGACCCACUGCUUUCUUCCGUGUCUCCUGGGGCUUCAAAACACAGCAGCCGAAGAAGCAGCAUAAGCAUGGAAGAAAAUGACCAUGGCUGUUAGCAGGACAGCUUUUUUUUUUUCCUGCUACACUCUCCAUAUCUUAUGUUAAAACUCUACUAACACCAUGCCGGUUUUAGUUUUUUACCUUAAUCUAAAGCAUCUUUACCUGCUAUUGUGAAGCAAAGCCCAUCGUCUGCAAAACAAACAAAAACAGGUUCUCACACUCCAGGUUGUCUGUAAACAUGAUGGUGCAGCUAAGGAAAUGUUUCGGUUGUUAUGUGCACGCAUGUAGAUGUUAUUUUAAAAAAAGCAUUGUUUACACUGGUUUUUUAAAGAAUUAAAUCUCAUUUGUGUUCUGUACAGGGAAACUGGCUAAUCAUGAUCUGUGGAGGGUCAGUUCUAAGCAAAAUUUGAAAGUGUGGGUUUAAAAAUUUUGAACUCAAGCGGUAUAUAUAGUAACAGUGUGCACAUGAAAAUAACCCAAUAAAACAAUGUCAUUUUAAUGUGUUCUAAUGAUACGUGUAUAUAUCUAUAGACUAAUUUGGCCAGCAGCUGUCCUACAGACUGCAAUAUACAAUGAAAAGUGAGAGAGAGAGGAAAGGACAGAGAGAUAAAGUUAGUGGGCAUUCAUUAGAGGUCAUAAUAAGGUCAUUUGCAAGUCAGCUUGUUGUCAGAGCUGGACAGGAUUAUGGGGAAGUCUAGGGGUGUGAAAAUCACAGAUGAGGAAACUGUGAUCCAUAGUGAAAAUGUUAACCUCUGUAGAUACAAAAUUUGUCACUUCUGUUCCCAGAUAUGAGUGUGCCUGAUUCUGGCGCUCAAGAAGAAGGCUCUAGCAGGAAACUUAUCACUGCAUCUCCCGUCUCCACACCCGGUGCUAAUUCACCUGUGUCAAGAGAUUCUCAUUGCAGAAACGCCUUUGCUGUGGGACCCCUAAUCGCUGAAACAUUUGUCAGAUCUUUGCCAGCGGAUGGUCUCCACCUAGUGCAUAUAGAACGUUCUUCUCAGAUUCUUCCCGGGUUAGGUUCCCAGCAUAUUGAGGUGUGGUUUAGUUUCACAACAUAGCAGACCAUGACCCAGGAUGUGACAAGUGGCUCAGUGGAGAUCACUUAGAGGUCCUCUUUGUACCAGCCUAAAAAAAAUCCCAUUUUGCAUGUUGAAGUCAGGGCAAACUGCUUCAUAUCGCUUCUUGAACCUGACAAACAAGCACUGGGGAGUUUCAAUCAGCGCUAAGAGAAGUUGUGACCCUCAUUUUCUUCUUCCAUAUUCUGCUCAUCUUCCUCCUCACUCAGUUGUUUGUCAUUCUCUGCCUAGCCAUCUCUUAGAGUCUGUUGAUUUGUCUCACUGUCAUUCUCUUUCUUUCCUAUGGGUAGCAACCUCUUCCUCUUUAUGGUUAAAGCUCUGCAUGCACCCUCUGCUCAUACUCUUCCAGAACCGAUACGUAUCUCUCUCUUUUCUCCUUCUUUUCCCUCUGCCCUUUGCCCCUUUUUUGCUCCUUUGUCACAGCAGGCUUGUCAUCACCUGUGAGAGGAUUGUGGGAAGGAGUCAUUGUGUGCAUCUGAUCUGUUUCCUUGCUUCUUGAUUACUGGUCAUGAUCAGCUCGGUGGGUGGAUUGUCUGUGCCUGCACUGCUGUGUGUUCACCAGCAGAGAGUGCUGAUAAUCCACUUUGUUCUGUGAAGGUCUGAGCCUUUCAUUUUUCACAACUUCACAAUGUCAGCUGUUUUGAACACCUUAAAAUGAACAUUUUUUAAAACUGAGUUCUUUUGACCAUUUAAAAGAUAAUCUCUAUGAGCUUGUUAAAAGCAAAUAUAUCUUGGCUUAUAUUUUCACGUACUUUUCCUACUAUUUAAAUUAUUUCAUGUUUGGUUGCACAAUCAUUUGAUUUGCAUACCCUUUCUUCAUUUUAAGCAGUUAUAUUCAGGAUAUUUUUGAAUUUUAAGAAUGUUUAUAUUGAAAAUACUGAUAUGGAAUAUAGUGAACCUUGUGGAUUUUUUGUGCUUUUUUUAAUGUAAGAUACCUGCAUUGUUAAUAAACACUGGAAGGAUGUCUAAAUUCAAGGAUGGAUAUUUUGGUUUGCUAACCAAUGUUUUAUAUAUUCUAACAAAUGUAUUUAGAGUUUAUAAGCAUACAUUGUAUUGUAUGAAUGAUUGUAGUUAAAUAUAUAACACAGAAAAGGCUUUAUUGUUAUUUCUACUGUUAAACAUGUACAACUGUAGCAAUGUAAUUAGAAUUAUGCCUUUAUGACAAUAACUGUUGAAGAUGUUAGAUUUUGAUUAGUGCUACAUUGCAGCUUGUGAAAAAAAGAUAACUGUUACUUCAAAUAACUGUUACUAAAUAUUAGUUUUUAACAUACAACAUUGUUGUAUAUGUAGUUGCAGUGCAUUAUCUACUUUGGUGUAGAACUAUGCAAUUAUAAUUACUGUAUUUAAAUAUAUUGUGCCUAUGUGUUUUACAAAGACAUUAUGGUGUUAAGAACAAGGUUGGAGAAUUUAUUUUCAAAUUGUACUAAUGUAUUGAAAGUGGCAGAAGAGAGUUGUGUUCAGAAUGAAGUGCCUUAAAUUUCAAAAGUAGGUCUUUUUUGGACUUGCACUGACUGAAGAGUGGAGUGUGUUUUCCGAAUAGGGAUUUUGGGUCAUGUAUUAUAUGUAUCAGCGGAAAGUUGUUUAUAGAUGUGCUACAGCUGGAAAGAGCACCAAAUCUAAUGAUUACACUCUCCUUUUUCUCAACACUGCUCUUGGGCAGGAUUUUGUAGCUGUGGCCCCAAAAAUGGUUUCAAACACCCGAAUGGCACAAGAAAGGGACAGCACAGCUUUGAAUUAUGAUAUUUAGAUGUUUUUUAGAUUUAAAAAAAAAAACGUUUGCAAAGCAAAAAUGUUACUUGCCAUUUUCUAAAUAUUUUCAGCAAUAAACUUAAUGGUGUCUCCCAAUAUGGAUUCCAAAUAUCCUUUGGAAGCAAUAGAAGUGGUUUCUUGGUUAGAGCUACCAGUCUGAUUACAUGGUUACAUUGGUUGAACUUCUUAACAUAGCCUUAAAAAAGUGCUUCGAGGAGAAUGUUCAAAUACCACUUUAAGUCUGUUUUAUUCUUCCUUUUGUUUGAAUGUGAUUCAGAAUGGACUGCCAAAUAUAUUGCCAUAAGUCAAAAUAUGCAAUGCAAUAGAUUUUCUUUAUUUAAAUGUAUUACAUUUUGUUCUUCAAAAUACAAAGCAAUAAUUUUACUAUAGCAAUCUGACAUCAGAAGUAAAGCACAAAAGACAUGCACUUACAGGGAUUUUCUUGAAUCAAAUGAUGCACUGGGGAGAUGCCUUUUAUUUUAAGAGAUAGCACAUUUAAGAUUGUUAUUUCUUGACAAAGUGACAUUAAAAUACUGCCUCUUGCUGAGAUGCUUGGUACUGUAAUGUAAUUAAUACUUAGUCACUGUUGACUGAAGCUGUGACCUGUGUAUGAUCCUUAUUAUUGUCUGAUAUGGGUCAGUGAUAACAUGUAUUCAUUGAAAUUGAAUGUGGAAACAAUUUCAUGAUAGAGAUAUUAAAGUACAUGGUUUUACA